AUGGCUGAUCAUCCUAUCGAUGAGAAAAAAGACGCAGUUGAAUUUGAAGAGCAUCAGCACAUAGAACAUGAAGAGGACAUCUCACCAGAAUUAGAGCUCCUUUUACACACAGACCCUGGCCAUGGACUUACCUCAACAGAGGUGGAAGAGCGACAAGCAAAAUUUGGCAUGAACGAAUUACCAGAAAAGAAGACGAAUCCCUUUUUAAAAUUCUUUGGUUAUUUUACGGGCCCUAUUUCGUAUUUGAUCGAAAUCUCUUGUGUUAUUGCAGCUGUGGUAGGUGACUGGAUUGAUUUCGGUAUUAUCUUGGCCCUCUUGAUCAUCAAUGCCAUUAUUGGUUAUAUUGAAGAAGCCAAAGCAGAAUCUGCACUGGAUGCAUUAAGACAAACAUUGGCUCUCAAGACCCGCUGUUGGCGUGACAAUGAGUUGAAGGAGGUUGAUGUAAAAGAACUGGUACCUGGUGAUGUCGUCGUCCUUCGUAUCGGCGACAUUGUCCCUGCUGACGCUCGUCUCUUGGGUCUUGGUGUCAACGGCGAAGAAUCCGAAGCGGAACUCAUGAUUGAUCAGUCUGGUCUCACUGGUGAAUCUCUCCUCGUAGCCAAGAAAAAAGGAAGUACCGUUUACUCUUCCAGUAUCAUUAAACAGGGCCAACAGUUAGCUAUCGUCACUAAAACUGCUACAGAUACAUUUAUUGGUCGUGCUGCUAACCUGAUUGCUAUCACUGCCGAAGAAGGUCAUUUCCAAAAGAUCAUUGGUAAAAUCGGUAACGUUCUGAUCACUUCCACUGUCGUACUGGUUUUGAUUGUGUUUGUCUAUCAAAUGGUUCAUUUCCGAGGCACUGCCAAAGGUAACUGGAAGAUUGUCUUGGAGAAUUGUUUGGUCUUGACCGUAGCUGCUAUUCCUGUGGGUCUCCCUACUGUCAUGUCCGUCACAAUGGCCGUGGGCGCAAAGCAAUUGGCUGCAAAGCAAGUGAUUGUAAAGCGAUUGACUGCUGUUGAAGAACUGGCAUCUGUUUCUGUCUUGUGUUCCGAUAAGACCGGUACCCUGACUUUAAACGAACUGACCUUUGAUAAACCAUGGCUCACAAACGAAUAUACGGAAGAUGAUAUCUUGCUUUACUCUUUCUUGGCUGCUGAACCUGGUGCAAACGAUCCUAUUGAAUCUGCUGUACGUCGUGCUGCUGAAUCUCAACUGGACAUUCUUAAAGAUCGACAAAACGCCCGAGAGAUUCCUGGUUACAAGGUCACGAAAUUUUCGCCGUUUAAUCCCACUACUAAAAUGACCCAAGCUACCAUCAUGGAUCUUGCUACUAACCAGCUUUUCAGCGUUGCCAAGGGUGCUCCUCAAGUUAUUACAGAACUCGUAGGUGGUGAUGAUGAAGCCGUACAUGCUGUUAACUCGCUUGCUCGCCGUGGUCUUCGUGCUCUUGGUGUUGCCAAGACUUUACCUGGAACAACGGACAAAUUUGAAUUGGUGGGUAUGAUCUCUUUACUUGACCCCCCUCGCCCCGAUUCUAAAUCCACUAUUGCUGAGUGCAAUGCUCUCGGUGUGGAUGUCAAAAUGAUUACAGGUGAUCAAAUGAUCAUUGCAAAGGAAGUAGCUGCUCGUUUGGGAAUGGGUCGUGUUAUUUUGGAUGCCAAUCAUUUAGUAGAUCCUACUAAAUCUGAGGAGGAAGUAACUGAACAUUGUAUUCGCGCUGAUGGGUUUGCUCAAGUUAUUCCUGAGCACAAGUAUCGUGUAGUUGAAUUGCUUCAAAACAAGGGCCUUUUGGUGGGUAUGACUGGUGAUGGUGUCAAUGAUGCGCCUGCGCUCAAGAAAGCCGAUGUGGGUAUUGCUGUCGAAGGUUGUACGGAUGCUGCACGUUCUGCUGCUGAUAUUGUAUUGCUUGCUCCUGGUCUCUCUACCAUUACCGAUGGUAUUAUUACCUCACGCGCUAUUUUCCAACGUCUUCGUUCUUACGCUCUCUAUCGUAUCACCUCCACUAUUCACUUUCUGCUCUUUAUGUUUAUCAUCACCUUGGUAGAAGAUUGGACCAUGCCAGCUGUACUUUUAAUCAUGAUUUGUGUCUUGAAUGAUGCUGCUACUUUGGUUAUCUCGAUCGAUAAUACAGAAAUUUCCGAGAAGCCCGACAAGUGGCGUAUUGGUCAAUUACUCACACUAUCUUUUGUUUUGGCUGCAUUGUUGGCCGCUUUAUCGUUCGCCCAUUUCUAUAUUGCCCGUGAUGUUUUCCAUGUGACCGACAAUGAGUUACAUUCGAUCAUGUAUUUGCAUAUUUCGUCAGCUCCUCAUUUUGUAAUCUUUUCUACUCGUGUACCUGGUUACUGGUACACAAAUAUGCCCAACUGGUUAUUUACCUUGUGUAUUAUUGGAACCCAAGUAAUUGCCCUGUUCUUUUCAGUGUACGGAAUCUUUGGUGAGGAAGAAGGUGUAGCUCCCUGUGGUUACCCUUGGGGUUUAUCUGUAUUGGGUGUCUCGCUUGUUUACUUUAUGCUUUUAGACUUUGUCAAGGUACAAAUCUUCCGUUCUUGGAGCUUUGAAAUGACUGCCAAGAUUGUCCCCACUACUGCUCGUCGAAACAAGUUGGCUUCGCGUAAAGAGUUGACUCAACGAAAUAUCGAAACUAAAGCUGCGUGGGAUAAAUUGAUUUCACCCGUUGAAGCUCAUAAUAUUGUAUUUGCAUUCACAAACUUUGCACAAAAAGCAAAUUAA